ACAAAGCACCUCACAGCGUUGCGCGUGUGUCUCUAAUGUUUUAAAAGUUCAUAAAAUUAACAAUCUUCUUGGUUCUUUCGGUAAAGUCACGUAGAAGGGAAGUAAUAAAAUAAUAAAAAUAAAACAUAAUAAAAUGAAAUAAUUCUCACGACGUUUCGUGACUUUACCGAAAGAACCAAGAAGAUGAAUCCCUGCAGUCACGAAAGCUUUAAAUCGAAUAUUAACAACAUUAACAACAUUGUCACAGUUCGUUUUUUCAGUAACAGCAACAACAGCAGCAGCAUCAGCAACAACAGCAUCAGCAACAGCAGCAGCAACAGCAUCAGCAACAACAGCAGCAGCAACAUCAGCAGCAACAGCAGCAGCAGCAUCAGCAACAUCAGCAGCAUCAGCAACAGCAGCAGCAACAGCAGCAACAUCAGCAGCAUCAGCAACAUCAGCAGCAUCAGCAACAGCAGCAACAUCAGCAGCAUCAGCAACAGCAGCAGCAACAGCAGCAACAGCAGCAACAGCAUCAGCAGCAUCAGCAGCAUCAGCAUCAGCAACAGCAGCAGCAGCAUCAGCAACAUCAUCAGCAUCAGCAACAGCAGCAGCAACAGCAGCAACAUCAGCAGCAUCAGCAACAGCAGCAGCAACAGCAGCAACAGCAGCAACAGCAUCAGCAGCAACAGCAGCAGCAUCAGCAGCAUCAGCAUCAGCAACAGCAACAACAGCAUCAGCAACAGCAGCAUCAGCAACAGCAGCAUCAGCAGCGGGAACGGGGUGAACGACAAAGGAAGAGCGGCGAUGUCAAACGAGGAGGACGCGGCGAUCCCCGUCCGCGUGGCCGCGCGCUGCCGCCCAAUGGCGCCGCGGGGGCUGCGGGAUGGCUGCGUCCCCUGCGUCACCGUCGCACCCGGCGAGCCGCAGAUUGUGCUGAGCGGGGAGAAGGCCUUCACGUUCGACUUCGUGUUCGACCCGGCAGCCGAGCAGGAGGAGGUGUUUAGUAACGCCGUGGCCCCUCUCAUCGAUGGCAUUUUCAAAGGCUACAACGCCACGGUGCUGGCGUACGGACAGACGGGUUCUGGCAAGACGUUCACGAUGGGCGGCGCGUACAGCGGCGACGCCGAUCCACACUCCACCGGGAUCAUCCCGCGGGCCGUGCACGCUCUGUUCCGUGGGGUGCAGUCACGUGACGCCUACGAGUUCGCCAUCUCCGUGUCGUACCUGGAGAUUUACCAGGAGGAAAUCAUCGACUUGCUGUACGUGGGCAAAGAGCGACCCUUGCUGUCCGUGAGGGAAGACCCCAAGGAGGGCAUCAAGAUCUGCGGCCUGACUGAGCGCGUGGUGGCGACAGCGGAGGACAUAAUCUGCUGCCUGGAGCAGGGAAACCUGUCACGCAUCGUGGGAGCCACCGCCAUGAACGCUCAGUCCUCCCGCUCACACGCCAUCUUCACUAUCACCAUCGAGCAGCGCGGCAGGGAGGACAGAGAGAGUCACUGCCGCAGCAAGCUCCACCUGGUGGACCUUGCCGGCCCCCAGCGUGCCAAGCGCACCAAGGCGGAGGGUGACCGCCUGCGUGAGGGCAUCAACAUCAACCGCGGCCUGCUGGCGCUUGGCAACGUGAUCAGCGCGCUCGGGGAGGAGGGAGUGGCACGGCGGGCUCACCACGUGCCCUACCGUGACUCAGGGCUCACGCGGCUGCUGCAAGAUUCUCUGGGAGGUAACAGCCUGACCCUCAUGGUGGCCUGCAUCAGCCCGGGCGACUCCAACCUGGAAGAAACCCUCAACACUCUGCGCUACGCUGACCGUGCGCGCAAGAUCAAGAACAAGCCGAUCGUGAACCGUGACCCCAACACGGGCGAACUGCAGAUGCUCCGGCAAGAGAGCGGCAUCGAGGUGCGUCUCCUGCAGGAGCGCCACCUCGACGUUUUGGUCUACAAGGAAACGACACAUGCGGCUCCAUCUGUCAUCGCUCCGAGCGCUGUUACAGUUCAGGCUUGCCACUCGUACGCCUGA